UGGGUGAAGUCACCAAAUAGUAAGUUAAAGCAGCCAGAAGCGAUUCAAAGUGUUCGAAAUGUUCAAACUGCUCGUCGCGAUAACGGUGUUAGCCGUGGUGGCCGCUCAGUCUUCCCCCGAACCGUCGGACAAGUGUUCUGGUAACCAGACCUGGUCGUUGUGCGGACAAAUAUGCGAGCCAACUUGCGACGUGCCGAAUCCUAACCCUUUUUUCUGCCCUGCAAUUGAAUGCUCGAGAUUUAUUGCCACCUGCAGGUGUAAGAGUGGCUACGUGAGGAACGAAGAAAAUAAUCAGUGCGUUAAGCUGAAGGACUGUCAUCACUAAUAAUAAUCCGAAGCGAUCUAAAGCGAUCUUAGUGCUGAGAGCUAUUGUACGACAUUAUAUUGUAAUUUAACUGUGCAAUAAAUAUAUAAUCUACGCAUAACGAAAAA